CUCUCGCGGCUGGGUUAGUCAGCCACUGUCGGGCCCGAGCUCCUUCCACAUCAGCUUCGGCGGCCUGGCGAAACGUGAGGUCGUUGGCAUCAUCCAUCUCUGAACACUCCUUGCCAUUCACCACGAACCCGCACCCGUGAUCAUCGAAUCAACACAUCCUCAUCAAACUCACCACAUACACCCACUGAAUCAUCUCCACCUCGUCCCACCUCGGCCAUCAUGGCCUCCCUCUUCUCCGCCUCCCUCCCAUCCAGCGACCCAUCCUACUCCUUCAAUCAAGCGCCGACAACCGCCUCCGAACCCCGCCAACACGCCUUCUACCCCUACACCGACAACGGCGGCAGCACACUAGGCAUUAGCGGCGCCGACUUCACCAUCAUCGCCGGCGACACGCGCAGCACUAGCGGCUACAACAUCAACACCCGCUACGCGCCCAAGCUCUUCAAAAUCGGCGGCGACGGGCCGAACAACGAGAAUGCGCGCAUCGUGCUGUCCGUCGUGGGCUUCGCCGCCGACGGCCGCGCCCUCAAAGAGCGCCUCGACACCGUCGUCAAGAUGUACAAGUACCAGCACGGCAAGGACAUUUCGGUGCAUGCGUGUGCGCAGCGUUUGAGUCACUUGCUGUACAAUAAGCGCUUCUUCCCGUUCUACGUCACUGCGAUUCUCGGCGGAGUGGAUGACGAGGGAAAGGGCGCGCUGUACUCCUACGAUCCCGUGGGGAGCUAUGAGCGCGAGCAGUGCCGCGCGGCGGGUGCGGCAGCGAGCUUGAUCAUGCCGUUCCUCGACAAUCAGGUGAAUUUGAAGAACCAGUAUGAUCCGAACAGUGGGCCUGGGCUGGAGAAGAAGCCGAGGGAGGCACAGCCGUUGCCGCGCGAGACGGUGGAGCAGUUGGUCAAGGAUGCGUUUACGAGUGCGGUGGAGAGGCAUAUUGAGGUGGGCGAUGGACUGCAGACGAUGAUCAUCACCAAGGAUGGCAUUCAGGAGACCUACAGCCCGUUGAAGAAGGACUAGAUGGGGAGAAGGUCAUGGUAGGAGGGAAGCGGUGAAUUGACAUCUGCCUUGCGUGUAGCAAUGCGAGAUGAUCCUAGAGCAUAGCGUGGCAGAUAAUGUCUACCGACCAU